ACACGGUUCACCAACUCACCGAGCGAUAAACCAUGCCGGCCACCGAGGGGACCUUGGACCAGUCCUGGGAUCAAAAGCAGGAUUCAAACGACUUGGCGCCUCUGAAUGUGAAUCCGAAGAACGGAGACGCCACCAGUUUGCCCGUCGAUUUGCUGGAGGGUCAAUUUCGACCGGUAUCAUUCCGCGACGAGGACGACGACGGUGAAUCGAAAAUUAUCCUGAGGCACAACCAACCUUCCUCAGGUUUGAAUCAAGCUACUUGGCGCAGUCUUCCGAUUAAAGAAAACCACGAACAGUUCCUCCGCGAUUUCAUGGACGUCGUCAUCGAGAAGGCCGUAUUCGAGGGAACAUCUAGGGAAAAUGAGGUAGUCGAAUGGAUAGCACCAAUAGAGCUCUUUUCGGCAAUAAAUCUGGACCUGGAAGACAAGGGCUUAAAGCACGAGGAUCUGCUGUCCUUGGCGAAGAGUGUAAUUCGUUACAGUGUAAAGACAGGACACCCUCGUUUCAUAAAUCAGCUGUACUCGUCCAUCGAUCCGUACGGGCUUGCUGCCCAAUGGUUGACUGACGCGCUGAAUCCAUCCGUUUACACUUUCGAAGUGUCCCCAGUAUUCUCUGUAAUGGAGGAAGUAGUGUUAAAAGAAAUGCGAAAGAUCGUGGGAUGGCCAGACGGUAAAGGUGACGGAAUAUUCUGCCCUGGAGGUUCAAUGGCGAAUGGAUACGCGGUGAACAUUGCGAGGCAUCACCAGUUUCCCCAGCUGAAGGAAACCGGCCUGAGUCAGGGUUCUAGACUGGUGGUUUUCACGUCCGAAGACGCUCACUACUCGGUAAAAAAGCUCUGUGCCUUCCUGGGAAUCGGAUCGAGUAAUGUUUACAGCGUGCGCGUUGAUUCCCGCGGAAAAAUGAUGCUCGACGAUCUAGAGACCCAAAUUCAACGGGCUAUUGCGGAAUGUGGAGUUCCGCUGAUGGUCUCUGCGACCGCAGGAACAACAGUGAUUGGGGCGUUCGAUCCGCUUAGGGGAAUUGCAGAUAUUUGUAGAAAGCAUAAAAUAUGGUUGCACGUCGAUGCUGCCUGGGGUGGCGGUGCGCUGGUCUCCGCAAAAUACAGGCACCUUCUGGACGGUAUUGAAUUAGCAGAUUCAGUCACUUGGAAUCCUCACAAGCUGCUAGCAGCACCGCAACAGUGCUCGACGCUUUUGACGCGGCAUGAAAACCUUCUGCAAGCGGCGCACAGCGCGAAUGCAACGUACCUGUUCCAGAAAGAUAAAUUCUAUGACACUUCGUAUGAUUCUGGAGAUAAACACAUUCAGUGUGGAAGGAGAGCGGACGUCUUCAAGUUCUGGUUCAUGUGGAAAGCCAAAGGAUCCGAGGGCCUCGAGUCACACAUUGACAGAGUCUUUCAGCUCUCCGAAUACUUUGCUGACACCAUAAGGCGGCGGGAUGGAUGGAAGCUUCUCGUUGAGCCGGAAUGCACCAAUGUCUGUUUCUGGUAUGUUCCUCCAUCAAAACGGCACCUCAAAGGCGAAGAAUUGACUCUGGCACUGCAAAAAAUCGCUCCUCUUGUGAAGGAAAAGAUGGUACGCAAAGGAUCAAUGCUCAUAACAUACCAGCCUCUGAGAGAACAUCCGAACUUCUUCAGACUUGUACUGCAGAACUCUGGUGUGACAGAGAGUGAUUUGAUGUUCUUUGUCGAAGAAAUAGAAAGGCUUUCUUAUGAGUUGUAAAUUCGGUGAUAUACGCGAAGUAAUGUCUAAUAUACAGGUACAACUCGUAAUAAUUUGUUUAUAUAUAUAUAUAGUUAUUUACAGACCUAAAAAACUGUGUAAAUAUUCAGAAUGUAGCGUGAUAUAUGUGUCCAGUGAAAAAUUAGCAUUGGUUCAGGCUACUUAAUGAUUGGGCAAGUGCCAAAUGUAAAAAAGUACUAGUGGUAACCAUACGAUUACAUUCUCCAUUUCCCUGAUAACCCAGUGUGAAAUAUUUAUUGAAGUAAUGAAAAUUGUAGUCUCAUUUUUGCUAUUGCUCAUUAUGGUUGCUUUAUUACUUCAACUAAAACUGGUUUAUGUGUUUGAAUUUUGUUUUUUUGUAAUGAUCAGUUAUCAAUAAUAGCUUUUACUUAUCUUUGACCAACACUCUUUUUUGACCAUAUUUACAACUUUAUAUACAUAUGUAUAUAACGGUAUAUAAAAUAUCAUAAUAAAUUAUCACUUAGUUAUUAGUCUAGCUUGCACAGCAACAGAUUUCAUUUAGCUAUACUCUUUAAGGAAUUUUUCGUGGAAUUCUUUCAGACUAGCAAGCAUAGUCUUAAUUUUAUCCUUCUGGGGUAAAAUG